AUGUCGCACAAUCCAAAUCCUAACGCCGAUACGCCAGGUUUUAAUUAUUCAACUGCAGCUGGUGUACCAACAAAUACCAAUCAAACCCAUAUCGGUUAUGUUCCUCCAAGUGAUAGUUCAGUUACAGAAUCAUCAUCAUCAGUACCUAUGACCAUUACAGAUCCAACGUUACAUAGUCCUCUAGGGCCAUAUGCUGAUCGAAAUUUUGGAAAAUUAGGUAGUGAACAUGGUGGAGCAGGAACAAGAACAGAUGAUCGAAAAGGUGAAACUGUUAAAAAUGAAGGCGAUACAACAACAUCAACUGCUGAACAUUGUCAACUACCAUUAUAA